CCCAUUCAAACAAUCAAACCUGUGCUCAUUCGCCACUUUAAAGCAGCAGUGCUAUCCUGAGAUUGAUAAGCAUACAAAGUUGAAUUAUAAAACAAAAAAAAGAUGGGAAAUUUCCAUACAACUUUAUAGUAGAAACUUUCAUGUUUUGAUAUUCUUAUAUCAUACAACUGCAUUUGCACUUGCCCAAUUACUGUGGUUAUCCUAAUUUUGAUCAUGUUGGUUUGUGAUGUUGUUGUUUGUUUCAUUAUUGGAUUGAGUUGCUUCAAACUGCCGGGACUUGCCGAGUCUAAGGUGCCCCAAGAUGAGGUUGAUGCUCUCCAACAAAUUGUAAAAACCAUGGGUGCAAAAUAUUGGAGUUUUGAUGGUGAUGCUUGCCGGAUUGAAAUGGUUGGUCUAACAGAGAAGCCACCAAAGGACUCUGAGAGCAGAACUGAUUGUCAAUGCAACCAUGACAACACUGUUUGUCAUGUCACAAAACUAAUGUUCAAGGGUUAUAGUUUACCUGGUUUGCUCCCACCUCAACUAGUCAAUCUUCCUUACCUCCAAGAAAUUGACUUUGCUUUCAACUAUCUCAAUGGUACAAUACCAAAGGAAUGGGCUUCAAUGAAAUUAACUUAUAUCUCUGUUCUUGCUAAUCGGUUAUCCGGCGAAAUUCCAAAGGAGUUGGGAAAUAUAACUACCCUCACAUACCUGUCCUUUGAAGCGAACCGGUUUUCUGGUGUUCUUCCUCCUGAGCUAGGGAAUUUGAUCAAUCUGCGAACUUUGAUGCUUUCCUCCAAUCAGCUGACUGGAAACUUGCCAGAGGCAUAUGCUGGUUUAACAAGUUUGGGAGAUUUCCGACUAAAUGACAACAACUUUACUGGAGCCAUCCCAGGUUUGGUUCAGAAUUGGAAAUUACUCCGGAGAUUGGAAAUGCAUUCAAGUGGACUCAUCGGCCCCAUUCCAUCAAAUAUUUCUCUUCUGUAUAAUCUAAAACUGUUGAGGAUUAGUGAUAUAAAUGGGCAAAGCCAGGAAUUUCCUUUUCUGAGAAAUAUGACAGGCAUAGUAAAAUUGGUUUUGAGAAACUGUAAUAUUUUUGGAGAGAUCCCCACAUAUAUAUGGUCUAUGACAAAUCUGGAAAUGUUGGAUGUCAGUUUUAACAAGUUAGUGGGUGAACUUUCAUCCACAAAAGGUUCUGCGCAUCUGAAGUUUGUUUUUUUGACUGGAAACUUGCUAAAUGGAGAUGUGCCGGAUUCAUUCUUGCGAGAUGGCAUCAGCAUUGAUUUGUCAUAUAAUAACUUGACAUUGCAAAGCCCUGAGCAACCUGAUUGCCAAGAACACAGGAAUCUAAAUCUAAACUUGUUUCGAAGCUCUUCAAAGGAGAAUUAUUUAAGGGAUGUUCUUCCAUGCCUAGAAAAUUUUCACUGCCCGCGAUAUUCAAAUUGUAUGCAUGUCAAUUGUGGUGGAAAUGACAUAACUCUCAAGGAUGAGAAUAACACAAAUGUCAUAUAUGAAGGAGAUGGAAGAGUUGAAGGUGGUGCUGCAAAAUAUUUUAGGAAUGAAGAAAGUAUGUGGGGAUUUAGUAGCACUGGGGACUUCAUGGACGACUAUGAUUUGAAAAACACACGCUACUUAAUAUCUCUGGCAUCUUCAAAUCUCUCUGAACUAUAUACAACAGCUCGCACUUCUCCAAUUUCACUUACUUAUUUCUACUAUUGUUUAGAGAAUGGGGUUUACACUGUUACUCUCCACUUUGCGGAGAUCAAGUUCACAAAUGAGGGAACACACAGUCUUGGGAGGAGGUUUUUUGAUAUCUAUGUUCAGGAAAGAUUGGUUUGGAAGGAUUUCAAUAUUGAAGAUGAAGCAGGAAUGGCUCAGAAAGGGAUAAUAAAACAAGUACUGAAUGUCAAUGUGACAAGUAAUGUCUUAGAAAUUCGAUUCUAUUGGGCUGGAAAAGGGACAACAAGGAUUCCUGAAAGAGGGGAUUAUGGUCCCCUUAUAUCAGCUAUUUCUGUGGUUUCCAAUUUCAAACCUUGUACAGGCAGUAGAACCGCUGGUACUAUUCCUAUCAUUGCUGGUGUCGGUAUUGGUGCAUUAUUCCUCUCACUCAUCACAAUGGCAAUCCUUUGGUGGAAAGGAUAUGUUCAAGGAAAAUGGGGCAGACGAAGAGGAGGAAAUAUGCAGAUGGGGAAUUUUAGUCUGAAACAAAUAAGAGCAGCCAGUGAUGACUUUGAUUCUGCAAACAAGAUUGGAGAAGGUGGUUUUGGUCCUGUAUUCAAGGGUCAGUUACCAGAUGGUUCUUUGAUAGCCAUUAAGCAGCUCUCAUCAAAUUCAAGGCAAGGAAAUCGUGAAUUUUUAAAUGAGAUUGGCAUGAUAUCUUGUGUGCAACAUCCAAAUCUAGUGAAAUUGCAUGGAUGUUGUAUAGAAGGGGAUCAGCUAUUGCUGGUGUACGAGUACAUGGAGAACAAUAGUCUUGCACGCGCCUUAUUUGGUCCUGAAAACCAACGCAUUAAGCUGGAUUGGCCUACAAGGCUUAAGAUUUGUACUGGGAUAGCAAGAGGACUAGCUUUUCUUCAUGAAGAAUCAAGACUCAAGAUUGUUCACAGAGACAUAAAAGCUACGAACAUUCUGCUAGAUGCAGAUUUGAACCCAAAAAUAUCUGACUUCGGAUUGGCUAAGCUUGAUGAAGAGGAGAAUACACAUAUUAGCACCCGAGUUGCUGGAACCAUAGGAUAUAUGGCACCAGAAUACGCUCUAUGGGGUCACUUGACUUACAAAGCAGAUGUGUACAGUUUUGGAGUUGUUGCUUUGGAACUCAUUAGCGGGAAGAGCAACACAAGUCAUGUGCCAAAUGACAGUUAUGCCUGUCUUCUAGAUAGGGCUUGCCAUUUGCAACAAACUGGAAACUUGAAGCAGCUGGUUGAUGAGAGGUUGGGGGAUGAAGUCAAUGACAAAGAAGCAGAAGUUAUGAUUAAAGUUGGUAUGCUAUGUACAAAUGCAUCUCCGACGGUUAGGCCUACGAUGUCUGAGGUGUUGAGCAUGCUUGAAGGACGAACAGCAGUCCCGGAUGUGACCCCAGAAGCAAGCACCUAUGCCAAAGAUUUGAGGUUCAAAGCCAUGAGAGACCUCCAAAGGCUGUGUUCAAGUGAAAGCCAAUUCCAGAAUUUGACAACUACUAGUACAUUGUGCUCUUCCUCUACUUCAGGCUGUGAUUUGACAAUUGGAUCAGCUUAGAAUCAAUAUCCUCUUGACAGCUUAGUCAUUGUUGGGUUGAUCACUUGAUCAUAAUACAAAAUGUUGAAUAUAUAUAAAUUCUUCUUUCAAAUUGUUUUUAAGGAAAAUCUGCUCCUAGCAUUCUUCUCUGGUUGAUUUUUGAGUCGACCAAUUAUACUCUUAGCAAGUCAAUCAAGUCUCU